GGUGUAUAUAGAGUUUAAAAACAGUUAAUCAAGUUAGCGUUGCAAGAGACACUAGUGACCAUUUUAUUUUAUUAUUAUUAUUAAUUUAUUUUUACAAUGUGGUAUUUUUUAUUUGCAUGCGUAAUGUGGUAAAAACAAAGUUGAAUACAAGCUGUCACAUGAUGUUUGUGUAUAUGGCCAGUAUUGGUUACGUUCUUUUUUUCUUUUUUUUUUCUUUUUCAGAUUCAGUAGUUCCCUUUGCAGACAAUAAAGCGUGCAGAAAAUGAAGUGAUGGAUGCAUGAUGUGACUCAAGGUGGGGGGAAAAGAUCACGGCAAUGGUACAUUUUGUUUUUCAUUAUGGUUUUUUCAUGCUGUGCUGUUAUUUGUUCAAAUCGUCAAACUGCAGAGAACAAAGACAAUGGGGUAACCUUUCAUAGGGUGCCCAAGAAUAAAGAACAACGCAAGCUUUGGGUUCAAGCUUUGUGCCGUAUAGAUCUUUCUACAGGACAACUAUGGGAACCAACCAAUUUCAGCUACAUCUGUUCACAGCAUUUCAGACCAGAGGACUUUGACCGUACUGGCCAAACUGUGCGUCUGAGAAAAAAUGUUGUCCCCUCAGUGUUCUUAUUUCCGUCUAAUUUUCAGCGAAAACCAGUCAAGAAACGAACUACAAAUACAUCACAGAGAACACCGGCAAGUGAUGUUGAAGUUCCCUGUAGUAAGGACAAAGAGGCUUUAGAAAAUCUGGACUCCAGUAUUGCUCAAGCUAUAGCAUCGGAUCACUCUUACAUUAUCACAGACAGCCCCCGUGAGCUCAAGAGGAAAUUGGAUGAUCUGAUCGAGCAAGCAGAAAUCCUGCAACAGCAACUGUACAAUGCAACACAUCGAAAAAAAUGCCUCCACACAGCCACGGGGGUGGGCACACUGGAAAACUACAAAUGUGAUCUUCCUGAAUGACUGCCAAUACAUUGCUGCCCUAAAUCAACAGAUGUGAUUGAAUAUCAGCAGCAGUACAUUUUGCAAAAUGAACAUCAAAUAACGUGGCAUUGUGAUCCCUUUAAAUAGCGUGUGCCAUUAUAGCAAUGGUAGAGAACACUAAACAUUUUUUUGUGAGUGAUCAAACAUACUGUU